AUGGAGGUUUCUUUUUCUUGCAACAUGUUGAUGCGCUUCCUUUACAUAAUCUCUUUGUUUCAUCUUAUGCAUUCGUCUCCUUCCAGGCAACUCUGCCAUGAAAAUGAGAGGUCAGCCUUGUUGCAAUACAAGGAAAGCUUUAUCAUAAACAAGUCUGUCUCUUUCUAUGAUCCUAUUGCAAAUCAUAGGGUUGAAUCUUGGAAACUAGAAGGAGAAAAAAGUGAUUGCUGCUCUUGGGAUGGUGUUGACUGUGAUGAGGACACAGGUCAUGUGAUUGGCCUUGACCUCGCAAACAGUUGUCUCUAUGGUUCAAUCAACUCCAACAGUACUCUCUUCCAUCUUGUUCACCUUCAAAGCCUUAACCUCGCUAACAACAACUUAAACUACUCUCAAAUCCCAUACGAGGUAGGCAACCUUUUAAAACUGACAUAUCUCAAUCUCUCUUCUUCUAUGUUUUCUGGUCAAAUCCCAUUUGAAAUUUCAAAGCUGUCCCAAUUGUCAUCCCUAGAUCUGUGUUGCAAUUAUGAUUAUGAUUUGCCUUUAGGCAAAUACCUCCUGCAAUUCAAAGAGUUAGGCUUAACAAGCCUAGUUAGAAAUUUAACCCGCAUAGAAUAUCUUGAUCUGAGUGGGGUGAACAUAUUCUCCACGGUGCCUAAUAUCUUUGCAAACUUGUCCACUUUAAGGUCCCUUUAUCUUCAUGACUGUGGAAUGCAUGAGGAAUUUCCUAAAGGCAUCUUUAAGCUACCAAAUUUACUGGUUCUUGACAUGAAGUAUAACGAAGUUCUCACUGGUUCUUGGCCUGACUUUCAAAAUUGGAGCUCUCCCCUUGAGGAUAUGACCCUUGCAGGUACUAGUUUCUCUGGUGAGCUACCAGCUUCAAUGGGAAAUCUCGGCUCCCUGAUUGCUUUGGACAUGUGGAAUUGCAACAUCUCAGGGUCCAUUCCUUUUUCAAUCGGUAACCUCACAAAUCUCAGUUACCUUAAGCUUUCACAAAACACUUUGGUUGGUAACAUUCCAUCUUCAAUUGGAAAUCUUAUCCAAUUUAUGUUUCUAGACUGCUACGCUAAUCAAGUGACUGGUCCAAUCCCUUUUGAGCUUGCAAACAUGACACAAUUGACUACUCUUAGCUUAGGAAAAAAUCAAUUAACCAGUUCAAUCCCUUUUGGGCUUGCAAAGACACAACUAAGUUUCCUUUACUUGGGUUUUAAUGGAUUAACUGGUCCAAUCCCUUUUGAUCUUACAAACCUAACACGACUAACCAUCCUUGGCUUGGGCAACAAUAAAUUGACUGGUCAAAUCCCUUUUGAGCUUGCAAAACUAACGCAAUUAACUAUCUUUGCCUUGUCAAACAAUCUUUUAACUGGUCCAAUUCUUUUUGAGCUUGCAAACCUAACACAAUUGACUAGCCUUAGCAUGAGCUAUAAUCGAUUAACUGGUCCAAUUCCUUUCGGGCUUAGGAAGCUAACACAAUUAAAUAACUUGGAUCUUGCAGGCAAUAAAUUUCAUGGUCAGUUUCCAAUCUUAAUUUUCAAUCUAAAGAAUCUUAAGGCUCCUGAUAUUUCUGAUAAUCACCUCAGUGGUAUUAGGUGGAUAUGCAACAUGACUUCUCUUGAUUUCAUUGAUGUUUCUGAUAACUAUUUUAGUGGCUCACUUCCUCAAUGCUUGCACAAUAUGCUCCAAGGAAGCAAAUUGAGAAUGAUUAGUUUGAGAGGAAACAAAUUCCACGGAUUGUUACCAAGAUCAUUAGCCAAUUGUACAAUGCUAGAGGCCAUUGAUGUUAGUAACAACCAAUUCAAUGACAUUUUUCCCUCUUGGUUGGGAAAUCUUCCAAAUUUAAAGCUUCUCCUCUUGCAAUGA